UCUUUUCAGCCUAUUCAUUUCCUGUAUUGCUCAACUUCCUCAUAUAUCUGGCUAUCUAUUGCACACCUUCGUUCCGUUGGGUAUAUCCUUUGAGACCUGUUUUCCUGAGCCCUAGAGUCUUGUCUCCAGGCAUCACAAACUAUCCUUCGCUCUUCUCCCUUGAACCAUUUAUCAUCACCGCCACCUGCAUCUAUUAUUCCUUUUUUCCUUUCGGCCUCCCCAACACCAAAACUUCGUGGCCAUGGCCUCCGGUCACAGGCGUGAUUUCGGGUGUCCAUGGAGGUACUGUGGAAAGUCGUUUUAUCGCAACUCCGAUCUCCGCAGACACUACCGAAUACACAUCAACGAGAGACCGUAUCGCUGCCGGGUGGAAGGCUGUAACAAGGGUUUUAUCCAACGAAGCGCAUUGACAGUCCACUCACGAACGCAUACGGGCGAGAAACCCUUUAUUUGCAGUUUUGAAGGAUGUCACCGUGCUUUCUCUGAUUCUUCGAGCCUGACUCGGCAUCGCGGAAUCCACACAAAUAGACGGGCAUAUGUAUGUCCUGAGCCAACGUGCAAACGGCGGUACUGCCUACAUUUCUCCUUAGUCUCAUAUUCCGCCGGAAAACAACCCUUACAAACCACCAACACAGCUCGCACGCCCUGAAUCUGGCCAUCCAGACACUGUCAGAAGCCUACACAGCCUCUAAACAAGGACAGGAGCAAGAGCAAUUCUAUUUCCCUCCGAUACCUGUUCCUCCUCUGCCUCC